AUGGAUCAAGCCUCGAGCAACACAGCGUCUUCCAACGUGGAAUCUACGAUUUCCGCCCUUCGGAAAGACCUGACCUCCGAAGACGUCCCUCUGGCCCGUCGUUUCCGUGCCCUUUUCUCCCUCAAACACGUCGCUUCUCAGUCCCCGGGUCCUCAGGCUACGGAUGCAAUUGAGGCUAUUGCUGCCGCGUUUGCAUCGCCCUCAGCGCUACUUAAACAUGAAUUGGCAUAUUGCCUGGGCCAGACUAGAAAUCUCUACUCGGUGCCUUUCCUAAGGGCGGUGCUCGAGAAUAAGUCAGAAGACGCCAUGUGCAGACAUGAAGCGGCCGAGGCGUUGGGCGCUCUGGGAGACUUGUCAAGCCUGGAAAUCAUGAAGCAAAUGAAGGAUGAUGCGAAUGAGCCCGUGGUGGUUAGGGAGACGUGCGAUAUCGCAAUUGAUCGAAUUCAGUGGGCGCAUUCGCAGGGCAGACAAGACGAAACAUUGAAACCCAGUGAUUUUUCAUCCAUCGAUCCAGCGCCACCCAUGCCACUAUCAACCCAAACUCCAUCAAUACCCGAGUUACAAAAGACACUCCUCGACUCCUCUCUUCCUCUCUUCAAGCGCUACAGAGCCAUGUUUGCUCUCCGGGACCUUGCUUCCCCACCAGACCUUCCUACCGCAGAAGCCGCAGUCCACGCACUCGCUUCUGGCUUUGUCGAUUCAUCAGCCCUUUUCAGGCACGAGGUAGCCUUUGUAUUUGGCCAAUUGUCACAUCCGGCAUCAAUUCCCGCUCUGGUGUCUGUUUUGGAGAAUCGAAAGGAGGAGAGUAUGGUCCGCCAUGAGGCUGCCGAAGCCUUGGGUAGUCUAGGAGAAGAGCCUGGAGUGGAGGAUAUUUUGAGAAAUUUCCUCGAUGACCCAGAACAGGUUGUUCGCGAGAGCGUCAUUGUGGCCCUCGACAUGGCCGAGUAUGAGAAAAAUGGAGAGAUGGAAUACGCCAUCGUUCCGGAGCCCGUGGCUGCUUAA